GUCAUCUCUAUACCGUAAACCGGGAAUAAGUUUGAGUGUCGAACUGUUGAGGGCCUUUUGGCCUUUUUAAAAUGUUAGUUAGUGUUAAAGUUUGCACUUUCCUUGUGAUAUUUAUUUUUACUUUUGUUGUGGGUGAUGAGGAACCCUUAAGCUCUGCUAGAAUUAUUCGACCAAGAUGUAGCGUGGACAAAGAUUGCAAUCCAAAUGCUUUCUGUUUCGGAAAUGAUAACUACAUGCCAGGACAUUGUAAAUGUAAUGAUGGAUUUGAAAUGUUCACCGAAGGCAAAAGAUAUGAAUGCCUUGAAGAGCUACAGCUGGGACAACCAUGCAUGAAGAAUGUUCAGUGCCAAGUCACAGCAGGUGCCUUGGCUAUAUGUAGUGGUGAAGACACUCAGAAAUUUUGCUCUUGUAAUGAAACAGUUUCUCAUCGAGUGAAAAACCGCUGUUAUGAAACUAGAUAUUUGGACGAUUUUUGUCAAGUAGACGAGAACUGUUUGCUACCGGAUAGUCAGAUGGGGGAAGACAAAUUUGCUAUAUGCGCCUCAGUGUGCUCUUGCCCUAUUGGGAUGAAACCAUCGCAGAACAAGAAAAAAUGCCUCGAGUUCAAAAGAUUAGGCCAUAAGUGUGAAAAUGACAUUCAGUGUCAAUUAUUCACGGAAAACACCGUCUGUAGGGAGGUCUGCACGUGUGAAGCGGGUUUCGUCAGAUCUACGUAUCUUCAGACAUGCUUGAAAGCGGCCCUGAAAUUCGACGACCCAUGUACAGAGGACGCUCAAUGCUCUGCCCAUUUGGAGGAGUCAAUUUGCGUGAAAAAUAGAUGUUCUUGUCCAGCAAACUACCACGGCUAUCUGGUCAGAUGCAGAGCAAAUGCUUUGCCUGGAAAUGCUUGUUUCGACACCGGCGACUGUCUCAUCUUCAAGGAGCUCAAAGACAAAGUAGAGUGUAGAAGGGGAGUUUGCUCUUGUGUUUACGGGAAAUCCUACGAUGAGCACAUUUGUCUAUCAGGCAAAUCCUCUACGAAUUUAGGUGAUGACAAUGUUUUGAUAGCUAGUAUUUUAUUAGUUUCGAUCAUGAAAGUUUUUAUUUAUUGAUUUAUGUUAGAUAAAUUUGUAUUUGUCCUCAUUUUGUGGUGAAAUUUAUUUCGAAUAUUUUUAAGAAUGUGUAUACUCAUUGAAGUAAUGAUAUUAUUGCA